AUGGUUCUGAAAAUCGGACCAGACCGGCCGGUUCAACCAGAAAAACCGGGAACCGGUUACCUAGCCGGUCCGGAUAACCUCCAAAACCGAUGGCAAAGAACCGGGGAAAAACCGGUCAAACCGGCAGUUAACCGGCGAACUGGAAGAACCGUCCGGUUUUUUGGCGGUUCAAUGCCACCCACCAAACCCCCGAAGCUCCCAGCCUCCUCCCCUUUCUUCCCCCCUCAUCCACCAAGGCCACCAUUGCCACCGCCCACCAAGCUCAAGAUUCCAGCAGCGCUCCUCAUUCGCCACCCAGCAGCGCUCCUCAGCAGCCGCGACCACCACCGCGUUGAGCCCGCCUCUCAUUCGCCGAUGGAACAAUCACAAAGUAACUCACAGUCACAAGAUAAUGCUGCUCAAAAUUCUCAAACUGGUUCAUCUAGAGGUAAAUCUGAUCCAGCUUGGCAGUAUUUCACAGUGAAUGAAAGAGAAGCGGAAGAAGAGGGUGAAGCGCCUAAUCCUGUACAACCUCCGGCUCCUGCAACAAUGGGAGACAAAGGAAAGAGAAGAGCGAUUGCUGCUACUCCAAUUGGAAGUUAUUUUAAGGAAAGGACUAUGCCAGGCUCUCAACUAGCUUUGAAAAGUGUCUUGGCCAGUAAACAAGUUAAACACAAGGUUAAGUUGGGGCUUGCAAGAUGGAUCAUUGAUGCACGAAUUCCAUUCAAUGCAAUUCAAUCGCCUUACUUUCAACCUGCCUUGGACGGCGUUGCUGUAAUUGGACCUAGUUUCAAGGGACCGUCGUAUGACGAAAUGAGAGUUCAUUUGCUGGCCGAUCUUAAGAAGGAAUGUCAGUUGCUUGUUGAAGGUUAUCGGAGGUCGUGGAAAAGGACUGGUUGUACACUGAUGGCAGAUGGCUGGACUGAUCAAAGGCAGCGUACGUUAAUUAAUUUUCUAGUUUAUUGUCCUGCUGGUAUGUCAUUUGUUAAGUCUGUUGAUGCUUCUGAUAUGAUAAAAACUGCCGAUACCUUGUUUAAAUUGUUUGAUGAGGUUAUUGAGUGGGUUGGGUCUAGUAACAUUGUGCAUGUGGUUACUGAUAAUGCUGCGAAUUAUGUAUCUGCUGGAAAACUCAUUCAUGAAAAGUAUCCAAACAUUUUUUGGUCUCCUUGUGCUGCUCAUUGCAUCAAUCUUAUAUUGAAAGACAUAGCAAGUCUUCCUCAUAUAGCUGACCUUGCCUCUCGUGCUUCAAAAGUGACUGUCUUUGUUUACAAUCAUAUGAUUUUCUUGUCAUGGCUUAGAAAAAGAAAAGAGUGGAAAGAAAUUGUUCGACCAGGAGUAACACGUUUUGCUACUGUUUUCAUUACUUUGAAAAGUAUAUAUGAUCAUAAACAAGACUUGCAAGCAUUGGUGAUUGACAAAUAUUUCACUUCUCAUAAAUUAUCCAAGAGUGUCAAUGGGAAGAUGGUUAGUUCAAUUAUCUUGGAUAGUAAGUUUUGGGAGGAUUGUUUUACUACUGUUAUGCUUGUUGGUCCUCUAAUUAAGUUAUUGAGGCUUGUUGAUGCUGAUGAGAAACCUUCUCUGGGUAUCGUGUAUGCGGGCAUGCAAAGAGCCAAAAUUAAUAUCAAGACAAUGUUUAGAAAUAGGAAAUCUGCAUACACACCUUAUACAAGUAUCUUGAAAAUGCGGUGGGAUAAGCAUUUGAAGCGUGACCUCCAUGCAGCAGCAUACUUUUUGAAUCCAGAUUACUUCUAUAGUGAGGGGUUUGUUGAGAAGGCAAAUAUCUUGAGGUCUUUGCUUGAUUUAUUUGAUAUUGAAACUCUUUGCGAUGACUCGUUUGCCGCAAUGCAAGAGAUACAGUUGUAUCGAGAUCGAAAAGGAAGUUUUGGAAGGGAAAGUGAAUGGUGGAGGCUACACGGUGGGAGUGCUCCUAACUUGCAAAAAAUGGCAAUUCAUCUUCUUCAUCAAACAUCUUCAUCAUCCGGCUGCGAGAGGAACUGGAGCCUCUUUGAACAAAUCCAUUCAAAGAGGAGGAACCGAUUAGAGCAUCAAAGGUUAAGUGACAUUGUUUAUGUCACUUAUAAUCUACGCCUUCAAUCUAGAAUGCAUCGCAAGAAGAAGAAUUAUGAUCCAAUUGACAUUCAAAGCAUUGACACAAUAGAUUUUUGGGUAAUGCCGGAUGAAGAAGAUCCUGAAUUUUCUAAUGGAGACAUUGAAGGCAUUGAAAAUUUAAUUUAUACGGAUAAUGCUAUGCCUUCAUAUCCUACAGAUUAUUGA